GUCGAUUUUGCCUACAGCCUUUCUUAAUCUUGACCUCACCACUUCAUCUGACGCGCACAUUCCUUCAAACUUUGCAGGUUUGCUCGACUCGAUCCUUCGAACAAAUCGACGUGCGAAACGACUACUUUAACGCCCUACCCGUGGAGUAUGCUGGUCGCGCUUUUGUUAUUAUUGUAAGGGAUCAAUUUUGCGAUGGCAGCAGGCGCAAAUGCCGGACUCUCCUCCGACCGGCGACUUGCAUCCCAGCAGCCAAAAUCAAGGAGUUUUCACGGAUAAUGAAGUCGUACCUCCUCCCCGCCACGACGAUGCCUCGAUCGAACGCGGUGACUCUGAUGAGCCGCAGUCUAAAAGACGGAAGAUCGCAGAACACAAAGCCUCUCCGAGACCAGUGUCGCCUCCCUGGAAACGGAUCGCGGCGGAAGGCCCAACUUCCUUCCUCGAAGAUGGCCGAAGGAGAUCUGGAAGGACAAAUAUCGUGCCCCUCGAUUUGCAGCCGCAGUCGAACAAGAGGCACACCCGCGCCGCGUUUGACAAGGUGAAGACAGAACAACAACAAAAACACGCCAAGCCCGUCUACAAUGUGUCGACACGAAAGCCAAAGGCUGAGAUGCCAGAACCAUCGCCCACGCCUAAACGAGUUCCCGGCAGGCCUCCUAGAAAUCGCGAAUCUGGCAAGACGCCCUCAGUCAAACAUGAAGAGGCGCCGAAACCCGCCCAGGCCCUGCAUGCGCACCAAGAUCAAUAUGUACGGGAAAGAAGACGUUCGCGAGAAGUCGAAGGAAUGAAAGCCAAAAUCGAAGAGCUUAAGAAACUCCGAGAUAGCCUGAAGUCCUCCGGUGCCUCUGUGUCCAAGUCGCCCAGCCGUCGUGGCCGGCGAAAAUCUACCGUCGUCAACGGGGUCGAUGUUAAGUCGCCACCCCACAUGAAUGGUGCUUUGGAAACGGAUGACGAUGGAGACGAAUCGGAAACAUCUAGCAUACACACGACACGGGAUGCAGAUGUGCCUUUGACCUUGCACAAAGUGACAUUUCGUGUCCAGCUCCCUGAGCCCACUGUUGCUACGCCUUCUAAUAUCCCGCCGCCGAAGAGAUUCACAUCAUUUUCGGAAUUCCUGGACCAUGACGAGUCCGAGCCACGCGCCGGUGAGGACAUACUCACCCCGCAACAAAUUAGAAAAGAGGCUGCAGCAAGAAACAGAGUAUGUGGAGCGGUAAAGAGUGGCAAGGUCUUUGACAAAUUGCUAAAUGAUACGCUACCUGCAAAACACGACGAACCAAAACGACAAUACGCGCAUCUCGACUAUUUGCUUGCCCACAUCGGCCAUUUCAGACAUCUGCUGAGGAAGGAAGCACAAGAUCAUAGGCGGAUAGCACAGACCUUGGCUCACGAGGCGAAAAAGUAUGUGGAAGAGAAGCGAAAACGAAACAAAGUCAAGAGUCCCGAGGAGAUAGAGCAAGAAAGGCGGCUGGCGGCUAUUGCUUCGUAUCGGGCCGUGGUGAAAGAUAUGGACAAGUUGUGGACAGCCGUGAGGACUGAGGUAGACCUCAUGCGACAGAAACAAUACGAAGAAGAACAGCAAGCGAAGAUGAAAGGCCAUCUCGCCCGGGUGCUGGAUCGAACUGAUCAAAUGCUAAGCCGUGCCACCGAUCAAGAGGAGUCUCUCAUGAGUGAGACAGACCUGUCAACGGACGAGGGAGCAACGAGCGAGACUGAAGACAGUGAACAAAUGUCUGAAAGCGAUACAGAACCAGAGUCGGAAUCUGCAGCCGGUGAUGAUGAUGCAGAAAUGUCAAUCGAGGAAUUGAAGCGAAAGUACGGAAAUCUUCCCGAGUUAUCAGCUGAUGAAGAGAUGUCUGUUCAAGCUGAUGCAGAGACCGAUCCACAUCAGUCUGAGGAAGAAGAUUCAGAUCCUGAGACCGAAAUGGACAGCGAGUUUGACACUGAUGACUCAAAUGAUGGUGAUGAUGACGACGACGACAAUGCCGAAGAUAGUGAAGAAGAGACUCGAGGCGGCCUUCUAUCGUUGUUCUCGAAGAAAGAAAUCGCCAGUAUGGCACCAUCCUCAGAAGAUGCUGCAUCUGAGGAUAACGAUGGCGAAGCUGCCAGUCCACCCAUGGUCGAAGUCCUCGAAGAUCACGAGAUGCAAAACGUGGAAAAUCAGCCAAUUCCGACAGAUUCGGAAAAAGCUGAGCAUGACGAGGCCGUACCCGCACGCAUGCCUGAAAGUGACCACCAUGAGGAGGUACAUCGAGACGCUUCAGCUGACGUCCACAUGUCCCAGCUAGACGACAAUGAUUCCGUCAGUCAGGAGGCAAGUGCUCACACUUCGCCACAUACGACUGCAACCAAACUGUCCGAACUGGACUCUGUUUCAUCGAUUGAAGCCGCUGCCGAAGCCACAGCCGAAGCCACAAAACCUGCAGUCCCAUCUCCGGAGAGCAAGUCCAUCAUCAAAACCCCAGUUCCUAGCUUGUUGCGCGGCACUCUACGAGAGUAUCAGCAUGAAGGACUCGACUGGCUCGCAGACCUGUAUGCACACGGAAGAAGUGGCAUUUUGGCUGAUGAGAUGGGUCUCGGUAAGACGAUUCAAAGUAUUUCAUUGCUCGCACACCUUGCCGAGGUUCAUGAGGUCUGGGGUCCGCACCUUAUUGUGGUACCGACCAGCGUGAUGCUCAACUGGGAAAUGGAGUUCAAGAAGUUUCUGCCUGGCUUCAAGAUUUUGACAUACUAUGGUAGCCCAGAGGAGAGAAAACAGAAGAGAAAAGGUUGGAUGACCGACGACAGUUUCAACGUUUGUGUGACGUCGUAUCAACUUGUUUUGCAAGAUGCCAAUUCGUUCAAAAGGAGAAGAUGGCAUUACAUGAUACUUGAUGAAGCUCACAAUAUCAAGAACUUCCGGUCAGAAAGAUGGCAAACCAUGAUGACUUUCAAUACAAGAGCUCGACUUCUCCUAACAGGAACACCGCUGCAGAACAACUUGACCGAAUUAUGGUCUCUCCUGUUCUUCCUCCAUUAUGGUCAGGAAAACCAGGGCGAGGACGAUGCUUUUGCCGGCCUAAAAGAAUGGUCUGAAUGGUUCAAGAAGCCAGUAGAAUCGAUCUUGGAACAUGGAAGGCAGUUUUUGGAUGAAGAAGACCGAGAACAGGUCGCGAAGCUGCACAAAGUCAUUCGGCCUUUUCUUCUUCGAAGGCUGAAAGCAGAUGUUGAAAAGCAGAUGCCGGCAAAGUACGAACACGUGGAGAUUUGUCGGUUGUCCAAACGCCAGCGACAAUUGUACGAUGGCUUCAUGUCAAGAGCGCAGACUAAGGAAACUCUUGCUUCCGGAAACUAUCUCUCCAUCAUCAAUGCUCUGAUGCAGCUUCGAAAAGUGUGCAACCAUCCAGACCUCUUUGAAACACGGCCCAUCACAACCUCUUUUGCCAUGCCCAAAUCUACGACUGCCACUUUCGAGAUCAAAGACCUCCUUAUCCGGCGCAAGAUGAUGCGUAAUGCUGCAAACGACCUAGACCUCGAUUUCUUGAGGUUGGCCCCGCUGUCGGACGAGAGUAUGUCUAUGAUAGAGUUCAUGCAGACGGCCGGACGUCAUGCAUCUCACCUUCUCAAAGGUUUACGAGAAUCACAAUAUCGGCGGAUCUCUCAAGAUACUAAUUGGCAUGGUGAAACUUGUUUGGGAGUUUUGGGCUCACUGGAAAACGUUGGAAGAAAGUCUAGGAUUCAAGAGCUCGACCGAGCAAUUUACUACGAGGCGUACCGCCACCAUCAACACCCGAUCUAUGGAAGAGGACUGAUUAACAAGUUGACCGUCAAUACUACCGGCGCCUUCCUUUCCAGACUUUCUCCUUUUAGAGUCCGAAGCAAAUGGUGGGAGAACGAGAUGCCGGUGGCAGCUCUUGAUCUUGUACAGUCUGUCGAGUCGAGAUCCGCUCUCAUGGAGCCUCUCAUUGAGCAGUUCGCCUGCGUUACCCCUGCCGUGGUUGCUACAGACUUGGGCAUGACCGCUGUAACCGAAGCAGGAGCUGCAACUAUAAGAGCAGAUCCCCAAACGUGGAAACGGGAUCCCUUUCACCAAGCAAGGAUGAAACUAUCCAUAGCAUUUCCCGACAAGAGACUCUUGCAGUACGACUGUGGCAAGCUACAGAGAUUGGACAAGUUAUUGCGGCAAUUGCAGUCAGGAGGUCAUCGGGCGCUCAUCUUCACCCAAAUGACCAAGGUAUUGGACAUUCUCGAACAGUUUCUCAACAUUCAUGGCCAUCGGUACCUCAGACUAGACGGCGCUACCAAGGUUGAGCAAAGACAAAUUCUAACCGACCGAUUCAAUAACGAUCCUCGCAUCCUGGCUUUCAUCCUUUCGUCUCGAUCCGGUGGAUUGGGUAUCAACUUGACAGGAGCGGAUACUGUCAUCUUCUACGAUCUGGAUUGGAAUCCUGCCAUGGACAGGCAAUGCACAGACCGAGCACAUCGGAUAGGACAGACUCGUGACGUCCACAUCUAUCGAUUCGUCUCCGAGCACACGAUCGAGGCCAACAUUCUUCGCAAAGCCAACCAAAAGCAACUGCUGGACGAUGUUGUCAUUCAAGAGGGCGACUUUACGACAGAUUACAUGAACAAGUUGACCUACCGGGACAUGCUUGACGAUGAUGGCGCACCAGACGAGAACGACGCCGCCGGACUCGCCAUGGACAGGGUUCUUGGGAACGACAAGACCAACGUUGCCGUGUUGGAACAGGCGGAAGACCAAGAGGAUCGUGCCGCGGCCAAGGUGGCCGCCAGGGAAGUGCAACACGCCGACGACGGUGACUUCGAGGACAAGACCGCCUCCGCGACCCCGCGCACCAACGAAGCCCACACGCCCGGGCCGUUUGCCGCCACGGAGGCGGCGUUGGCGGAGACUCGAGACGAUCAGGAUCAAGUCGACGGCCACGACAUCGACGGGUACAUGGUCAAGCUGCAGUCGUGGAUGAUGAAGGACGUGCCGCUCGGUCCCGGCAAAGACAAGCGGAAAAGGGGGAAACGACGUGACGAGCACCGAGUGAGAAGAGUUAGGUAGUUAGAGACAGGGUGAUGACGGUGGCGACUUGUUUUUUUUCGACUUGUUUUUUUUCUUUCUUUCUCGAUUGCUUGUGAAGCCCUCUCUAGGUACGGAGGAGUAGCAAGUCGGACGGACAGAGGGCCGUGGGGGGUUCCGGUGGGGUCGGUCGUCACCGGCGCUCACCCAAGUGUAAAAAUAGCUUGAUACAAAAAGACCAUUUGAUUACAUCCUGGCUAUCACAUUGUGGAAGGUUGUGACGAGAAUUAAAGUGUAAAAAGAGAAGAUGUAUAAAAACAGAAUUCGAC